AUGUCAGGUCUUGAAAAGUUUUUCGCUAGAUCUCAACAAAAUGACCCAAGGACUGAGAAGGCGCCAACUACCUCCGAAAUCAAAGUCGCAGUAGCAGCAUAUAGCAUCCAGCGUCGCGUACUCGAAACGCUUCAUCGCACGCUCUUGGCUGAGCUACGGCAGGCUCACAACACUGAACUCGAAAAUUUCAAAGAUGAUCUCCGUCUCCAAGCAGCCAUAUCACAGACGACACGCAGCUUAUCUAGCCAAACUUCAAAAAACAGUAGCACUGGGGAAUCUGCCACUCCGGGUGAAGGAAGGCUCUCCACGAGCGGGCGAGUCCACCGGAGAAUGGAGAUUACAAAAUUUCAACUGCUCCAAGCAAAAGAAAGAAGAACAGCGGGGAAGCAUCACAAAGAGGAGAUUCAUAGGCUGAGAAAGGAGCACGGAGAUAUAGUCAUUCCUGAGAAGAAUGGGGGUAUCACAGAAGCCGAUUGCCCUAGAGAGAUCAACACAAUUUUGGUCAACUGGGGCCUCACGGCCAUCGAAUUUGCGGGAGAAACUCAUAGAUGGGAGGAUGACUUGGAGGAUAUGGUUGGGUAUUACGUCCAGUGCGAACAAGAAGAGAGAAAACGGCGACGAGAGGCGCGUUCGGUGUAUUAUACCGAACCCGAAAGUCUAUCGGCAAGCACUCGGCCGAGAAGGCUCUACACCACACCGGAGUUGUCAUCAGCAUUAAUGGUGGUAUUUCUGAAUCAAUUACAUGAGAUCUUGUCAUCAGUGAUCAUCGUCACCACGCGUUCUGAUACCUCGUAA